AUGCCUGGAGAUUCUGAUCCUGAUUCCGGGCGCGCAUUCAUAUGGCUCAUCACUUGCAUUUUGUUCAUCUCAAUAUUGGCAGGAGGAGGAUGCCUUUUGGCCUACAUAGUCCUUCCUGAGUCGCAAACAUCGCCGUUGAUUCCCAUACUUGGGGUGACAUUGGUGUGUCUACCAUGGGCCUUUUGGUUCUUGACAUGCUUAUACAGAAUCUUCUCAAGGUGGUGUUGUGGAGAUAGAGAUGUCCCUGCUAAUUAUAAUUAUGGCGGACGAGGAUUCGCUGCUUCUGCCUCAAAUACGCGUAGGAAUGCAGACUUGGAGGUUGCAUCUCAAUCAGGCAAAGGUAGCCACUUGAAUAGGGCAUCCUCUGUUGCUUCAAAUGAGAGUGAAGCUGCACUUGCAAGUUCAAUGGCCUCUUGA